AUGCCCAUGAGAUGGACACCAGAGAAGGACCAGCUCCUUCUCCUCAAAAUUCUUGAAACCCACCAGCUCGCUGUUGACACCAAGAGAGUUGCUGAAGCAUGGCCCGCCGGCGAAGAUAAACCAACCCCACGCGCCAUAACAGAACGUCUAGUCCGCAUGCGUGCCAUGGUCAAGUCUACUGCGUCAGCAAGCGGUAGCCCCGGAGGCGAGAAGACCGGCGGUCAUUUCAGUAUCGGCAAGGGAGUUGGUCGGGGUAGUCCUGCAUCUACACCUCGUGCUUCUCAUGCCAACCCACGAGCCAAGGCCCAGUCUGUGUCUGCGCCCGCCUCCGCUUUCUCGACUCCUCCCUCUGCCAAGAGAAAGCGGGUAGAGACAAAGGUUGAAAGUGACGGUGAAGAGGAGGGUGACCCCCCCAUGAAGACUAAGAUGGAUGUUGAUCAGGAUGCGGAUGGAGAGUAUGAGCUUGACGAAGAAUUUACACCUCCAAUCAAGAAGGAAGGGAAGAAGAAGGUGGCCAGGGUACUUUUUCCCAACGCCAUGAAGGCUGCCUCGGCUGCUGGGUUUGGCAGCGUGCCGGCUGGUGGUGUUGGUGGUGACGGCACCACUGCUACUACUGAUUUUGUUGUUGAAAUUCGUGCUGGUAGUACCCUUGAUCUAGCGGCUAGCCCUGUCAAGCGCGAGUCUCGUGCUCGUCGCCCGAGUGCUAUGCACUAUGGUAUGGUCAAUUAUGGGGAUACGCUUGACGAUGAGAAUGUGGCCGGUGGAGGUGAUGAUGAUGUGGAGAGUUCCGCCUCGAGUUAUGUUCCUGAUCAGGCUUUUGAUAUGGAUGAAGACUUUGCAUAA